GGACCCCACGCACGCCAACGCUCGUCCCUUCAAAAGGCCACGGCCAUGUGUCUCUUCUCCUCAUCCUCCUCAACCCCCCAAUCUCUAUCAUCUUCCCUUUACUUCCUCGUAUCUGCUGCGCCAACUGCUAUCAGCUCCUUCCUGGCACAGGGCAGGCUUUAAUAUCUUCCGAAACAAAUCAGCAAUUUAACCCUCGCCCUGCCCCCUAUCCUCCUCUCAAAAUGCAGACCCCUCCAUCUUCCCCCGCACAGGUCACUUUUUCCAGUGACGUCCGUCACAUGGACAACUGGGCAAAACGCACAGGCAUCCCUCUCACUACCGCAGAGGCUCUCGGGACCACAUAUGCCCGUGCACACAAGUGGUUGAUGUCUCUCAAGACCCAGCUCGUCCAGCAACAUGGCUGGCACGAUGUCCUGCCAGCGGACUCUCGCAUGCUCUUCACCGUCGAAGCCCCUUCUCCUUGGCGCUCUCCGAGUGGUCUCCCGCUCAGCCCAAAUUUGAAGUUGCAGCUCCCGGUCCAUGCCAGUUCCUUUUUCUCACCUGAGCGCCGUGUUCAAUGGCAGAUGGUUUUCCACAGUGAUCUCUUCGCGACCCAGCGUCUCAUCGUUCAACCCAUCACCGACAUCCUAAACCUUAUGCAGUGUCUUCUCACUGGCCUAGUCACCCUCGUCUAUGAGGAGCAUAUGCCCCAGGGUGUCUACAAAACCACUCGUGGCUUGCCCUCGGUCCAGUGGAUUAACACAAAUCAAGCCGCGCUUAUUGACGUCUUCGGACCCGCGCACUAUAAGCAGCUACGUCGUUUAAAGUCGACUUUGAACCACGCCGUCGCUAAUCAAAACUUGUCCGAGGUCUCUCCACCCUCGUGCCUGGGCAGAGGAGACCUCUCCCGCGACGAGCGGUUCGUCGUGCGGUACAAAUUUUUCCAUGAGGCUCAUCCCAAUCUUAUCAACUCUCCAUGCAUGAUAUCUCCAAACUCAUGACCUCAUGAUGCGUUCUGUCAAAUGGCCCUCCACUUUUUGUUCCCUGUUGUCACAUACUGUUCCCACUACACAUUUGCUCGGCCUAUAUUAUCACCACGUAGACCAUUAUCACCAUUAUCGCUAACUUUACUGCUCUAUACAACAUACUCAUACUUUCACAUACCCUUUAAUCAACAUACCUUACACUUUCACAUUGCACACUUCUCCAGCUCAUCACGCGUCUUAAUCUU